AUGCCCGGAAUCCACGACGCCCACACCCAUCUACUUGGCGCAGCAACGCAGCAGCUCAGCGAAGCAUUGAUCGGCACAAACUCCGACCACUUGACUCUGGGCCCCAACAUCAAAACUGCAUCAUGCCAUUGCGAGUACGCCCACACCCUCGGCGAGUGGAUCGUCGCCAGUUUCUACUCCGCCUUGCAAUUCCCGGACGGCCAACCAGAUCGAAAGUACCUUGACACCGAGUUCCCCGACACGCCAGUCGCCGUCCGCGACCCUUCCCUGCACAACUGCCUGGUCAAUACGGAAGCCCUGAAGCGGCUCGGCUACGACUCCGCCAACCCGCCCGAAUUUCCGGGCGGUCAAUUUGUGCGGCGCGAGACGGGAGAGGUCACGGGCGAGCUACUCGAAGCAGCAUCCGGCGAGCUCUGGAUGAACAUGCCUCAACCACCAGCAACCUUCGUCCGGCGCGCGCUCGAGCACAGCAUGCGCGUCUGCAACAGAUACGGCAUCACGUCCUGUCAAGAGGCGUCUGCGAACACCGCGUACCUGAAGGCGCUGCGGGAGAUAGAGAUGGCGGGCGGCAUGACGGUCGAUUUGCACACGCACAUCGUGCACUCGCCGGCGCGGUACGCGCAGGAGGAGGCUGAGGGCCUGCAAGCGCUGUUGCACGUCGCGGAUGUUUUCGAGUCGGAGUGCGUCAGGACGCGGUUUGUCAAGUUCUGGCUGGACGGCGCGCCGCUGCCGCCGCAUCUGACGCAGAGUGAUCUGAGGGAGGAUGGGAGGCCGGAUGAGGCGAUGAUAUUGGUUGACUGGGACACGUUGCUGGGCGCGUUGGUCAAGUAUGAUGCGAAAGGCUACACCUGCAAGAUCCACUGCGCGGGGGAAGGCAGCGUGCGGAGGGCCUUGGACGCCAUUGAGAAAGUUCGCGAACGGAACGCUGAUGGACCGAGCCAUGAGGUAGCGCAUUGCAACGCCGUGCAUGAAGAUGACAUCCCCCGCUUCAAACGACUCCGCGUCACGGCUGAGAUGUCGCCGGCCAUCUUCCACAGCCCCGAGGUCGCGCUCGUCCCGCAUCUGCUGAGAUGGCCCUUCCGCCAGAUGCUGGAUCAUGAUGUGCGCAUGACCAUCGGCACGGAUUACUUUCUCACUCCGACGCCGAAUCUGUUUCCGACGCUGCAGGCUGUUGUUGGUAAGCUUUCGGCCGAGGAGAUUUUACGAGCCAUCACCAUCGAAGGCGCGAAGGCGGUGGGACGGGACCAUGAGCUCGGUAGUAUCCAGGAGGGGAAGCUCGCGAACUUCAUUUCUGUCGAUAGUGAUCUCACGCAGGGGGGUUUUGAGGAUGCAAAGGUGUUGGAGACGUGGCAUCGUGGGAAGUCGGUGUGGGCGUCUGGGGAUGUCUGA